UUGAUGCUUCGCGCGCUACAGGUACUCUAGUGCACGACCAUCGCCUGAGCUGAACGGUGGAGUAAAAUCUAUCUAUAUCACCUCCAUUUUAAAGCCAUCCAUCCAAAAUGGAUGCAGUAGAGUAUAGUAUAGGCGUUAAUAAUCGCUUUGGGCUUUUGGCCGAUGAUGAAGAACCCGUGGAUUCCGUAGUGGACCAAGGAAAGUCUGCGAAAGAUAAGGAGAAGCAGAAGAAAGAUGUACGGCCUGUCAAGGAUGGGAAAGCUCAGCAGAGUAAGAAAGAGAAAGAGGCUGUGAAUGAAGAAACGAGGAAGGACGCUCGUGACAACAAGAAGGGCGGACGACCAGCCAAAGAUGGCGUGAAACGUGAAAACGAGAAAAACACCAAGCUCACUAACGGGCCAAACCGUGAAGACAGGGAAAACAUCCCUCCAUCAAGAGGUGGUAAAGGGGGAUUUAACCGUAGAAAAGAGAAUGAAGGAGGUCAUCCUGAAUCUGACUCACCUGCUAAGGAUGAUAAAGAACGUACUGGAGGCAUGGGAUUUGGAGGAAGAGGCAGAGUCUCUGGCAGAGGGGAAAGAGGUGGCGGAAGAGGAAGAGGAGGAUUUGACAGAGGACGAGGAAGAAAACGAGAGUUUGAAAGAAGAAGUGGUAGUGAUAGAACAGGCCCAGAAGAGGGUUCAAGAAUAACAUCCAGAAGUUCUGUCAAACCCCAGGAAAAGAGAGAAGGUGGUGGAUCUUACAACUGGGGUAAUGCAACUGAUACCCAUGAGGAAGAGGCCUUGGAUCAAGAGAAAAGAUCAAAUAAUUGGGCAGAAUCUAGUCCUGAUGACAACAAAGAUAAGGAAGGCCAGGCUGAAGAAGUAGAAGAGACAGAAGGCGAAAAAGAUGAAGCCAAGGAAAUGACGCUUGAGGAAUGGAAGGAGAUUCAGGAAAAAUUCCGUGCUAAGAUCAACUAUGAAGUCCGUAAACCUGGUGAAGGUGAAAAGAAAGGACAGUGGAAGAAUACUCGUCUCUUGCAAAAAGAAGAGGAGGAUGCUCAAACUCAGUUGAUGUAUGAAGAAAAACUUAAAACCUCUGGAAGAGUCAAGCAGAAAGUCACAGGAAUUCACUUUGACUUCACUAGUGGUGACCCCAAGAACCAAGAACCAAGAAGAGGUGGUCGUGGUGGCCGUGGAGGUGGAGGUAGAGGCCGUGGAGGUGGAAGAGGAAGUGGCCGAGGAAGAGGCAGAGGUGGAGGUGGAGGAUUUGGUGGUGGCAGCCGUGAAGGAGGAAGUACUGAAUUUGAAAUUAAUCAGGAAGAGUUCCCUACACUGUGAUAAAAAGAAAACUUGGUGUUUUUCUAAAAAUGACUAUAUAGUUUGUGGUGCAUCCGUUAAAAAGGAGAAAACACCAUACCAGGUGUACGCAGGACAUUCCACCUCCAUUGCAUCAGAGAUUUCAAACCAUCCCAUAUAAAGCUAUAUGUGGGUAAGGCAUGGAUGAUUCCAAGAUAUAAAUUAAAUGCCUGCUUUCGAUUCCCCUUUUAUAAUCCAUAAUCUGUUGUCGCAUUCUAUAGGAAUGCCUGGCAAUAGAAAAGGAUAACCAUUGCUUGGUAGCUUGGUUCUUUGUUCUUAAAUCAAAUUCUACUUAUCGAUCAAUUUAUAAAAUUGUUGGAAUUUACUGGACAUUUGUAAGACAGUGUUGCGUAUAUUGUCCAACACAUUUUGGGUCAUCUGUACAACUAUUCUUUCCAGUUGCAAUGCCAAAUUGCUAAAUUUGUGGUAUGGAAUGGAAAGGUGUUAAAAUACGGUGCGCUAGUCUAUUUGAUAUUAAUCUUGUCUUACAUGAGAAAUGAAAAGAGAGGUAAUCAGUGACAAAUUAGUUUCCUUGAAUUCUUUUUGUGACGUUAAGAGAUUGUAUGAUAAAUUAGAUGGGAUGCAUUAUUUAUCAGACUGUUUAAUUUUAAUCAAGGAAUAAAACAUGCUGAAAUUAACACCAAAAGAUAUUAAAAGGUUUACACUGGA